AUGGGUCUCGAUCCUGCAGAAUCUCAUGGCAUCAGCAUGAAUGGCUUGCUCCAAGACUUCCCCUUCGUGGCUGAUGACGUCGGUCUCGAAGGGCUUGAAGAGCUUGUGAACAUUGGCGACAUUGGGGAUCGUGGUGAUGUUGGUGAAGUGGGAGAGCUUGGUGGUAUUGGGGCUUCCCUCGGUGAUUCAUAUGCUCUGCCAAUUUGGGCUUGUGUGGCUAUGGGUUCUAGCGUCUUUAUCGAAGCGCUAUCAUCUUCUUCGAUACCGAACAAGGUCGUUCGGUCGGAAUACGAGUUCAGUAUCGAGCUUACACGCGUCGUGCUUGAGCAGGUACUCGAACUCGUUGAAGUCAUUGUCGACAUUGUCAUUAGUGACGCCCUAUCCGAGCCGGAAUACGACGAUGCCGCUACUCCGAUAUCAUGCUUAUGA